CAAAGCCAUUUGUUCAUGUACCCUUCUCUGCUCAAAUCUGUAUCAAACUCAAAACUCAUCCAUUCUAGGAAUCCACCUUUUUAAAAGAAGAAAAAAAAGAAGCCAUCACCAAAAAGUUCAAUCUUUUCUAUCUGUUUCUCUUCUUUUUUUUACUUGUACUAAAAAAACCAACGACAAUAACAUCAACGGCUGACAGAAAAGAAUAGGAAAAACAAUGGUGGUGUUGUCAAAACCUGCAAUUGAACAGUUCUCUUAUAUCAGAAACAACAAGCCAACUACAUUGUUCCCUCAAAUACCUCUUGUAGACCUCUCAAAACCUGACUCCAAACACCAGAUGAUCAAAGCUUGUGAAGAAUUUGGAUUCUUCAAGGUGAUCAACCAUGGGGUUCCAAUGGAAUUCAUUUCCAAGCUGGAAUCUGAAGCCACCAAGUUCUUCUCUUUACCAUUUUGUGAGAAAGAGAAAACAGAGGAAACUAAGCCUUAUGGCUAUGGUAAUAAAAGGAUUGGACCAAACGGUGAUGUUGGUUGGGUUGAAUAUCUUCUCCUGACAACCAAUCAAGGUCCCAACCUCCUUAGAUUCCUUUCUGGCGAAAACCCGGAUAGUUUCAGGUUAGCUUUGAAUAAUUAUAUGUCAGCAGUGAAGAAAAUGGCAUGUGAGGUACUUGAAAUGAUAGCUGAUGGGUUAAAGAUUCAACCAAGGAAUGUGUUGAGUAAGCUGCUGAUGGAUGAACAGAGUGACUCUGUUUUCAGGCUUAACCAUUACCCACCAUGCUCUGAUGUUCAACCUUUGAAUGGUAGCAAUGUGAUUGGAUUUGGAGAACACACUGACCCACAAAUCAUUUCAGUGCUAAGAUCCAAUAACACUUCUGGCCUUCAAAUCUCUCUUAGAGAUGGGAGCUGGAUUUCAGUGCCACCUGACCAAAAUUCAUUUUUCAUCAAUGUUGGUGACUCCUUACAGGUUAUGACCAAUGGAAGGUUUAAAAGUGUGAAGCAUAGGGUAUUGGCCAACAGUGUGAAAUCUAGGCUUUCAAUGAUUUAUUUUGGUGGACCACCAUUGAGUGAGAAAAUAGCUCCAUUACCAUCUUUGAUGAGAGGAGAGCAAAGCUUGUACAAAGAAUUUACAUGGUUUGAGUACAAAAUAUCUGCUUAUAAUUCAAGGUUGGCAGAUAACAGGCUCAUGCACUUUGAAAGAAUAGCUGCCUCAUAAUGUUUUAAUUAACGAUCAUAAAACGACAUCACAAGAUGAUGAAAGUGAUUUUCAUCGUACUGUUAAAAGAAAACUUAAAUCACAUCUUUCAGCCAACAAUCAUUAUGUUUUUAUUUUUUUUCUUUUAGUAGUAUUUUUUACUUUACUUAAAAAUUAUAGGAUCAAAAAGCUUGUAUUAAAUUUUCCUGUAGUUGGAAAAAAAAAAUAUGUAAUCUAGCUCUUUUCCUGUUGACUUUUUUCUUCUUUGUUUAUCCUCAAUGUAACUGUCUUUCUUGUUAAUAUAGUACAAUUUUCAUUCCCAUCAUCAUCACCAACCACUUUGAUAAAUAAAUUAUAAAAAAUAAAACAUUUCACAAUUAAAAAAAACAAAUGAGGAAUAUUAACAAUAAGGCUAUAUCCAAAUUUGGGUGGUCAAACUAUACAGUACUUUUGAUGGUUUUCCCUACCAAAACCAUAUAUCAAAGAUUGUUGUUCCAACUUAUAACUACAAUUGACAUAAACAAUCCUACUUGAAACUAAUUUUUUGUAAUGCACCAUCUAUUUUACUUGAAUUACAAAAUAAUUUAUUGAUAAAUAGUGAUAACAAAUUAUUAAAAUAAUAUCUGGUGGGUUGUGUUUGUUGUCUGGGACCACUGACUUUGAAAACCAAAGAUGUACGAAAC